UCCAACCUUUUUCAGCUAUAAAUGUCCAGUACAAGGAGGUACACACAUAUAUAGCAACACAAGACAUAUAGAUAAAAAAAAACAUGUUCACUCUUGAACAGUUGAUCCUCGUUCUCUUUCUCUUCACCUUCACCACAAUGUACCUUCGAAAUUCUCCGGCCCGGAAAAUUAACCGGCCACCAUCUCCGAAAGGGCUUCCGGUGAUCGGAAACCUCCACCAGCUCGGGAAUUUCCCUCACCGUUCGCUUCAGUCCUUGUCGACAAGUUGGGGUCACGAGUUAUUAUUGCUUCAUUUCGGUCGUGUGCCGGUUCUUCUUGUCUCGUCAGCAAAUGCCGCACGUGAGGUAAUGAAAAACCAGGACACAAUAUUCUCAAAUCGGCCCAAGUUAAGCUUGCCCAAUAAGCUCAUGUACGGUUCGCGUGGCGUGGCCUCUACUGCUUACGGCGAAUAUUGGAGACUGGUGAGAAGCAUAUGUGUGAACCAGCUCUUGAGCAACAAAAGGGUUCAAUCCUUUCGUCCCGUGAGGGAACAAGAAACUUCGUCUAUGGUCGACAAAAUCAGGCAGUCGGGACCUUCCGUUAUCAACUUGACCAAUCUACUCGUCUUGCUCACGAACGAUGUCAUUUGCAGGGUGGCCUUCGGUAGAACAUACAGUGACCACAAAGACGGUCAAGAUGGAAAAUUCAAGAAGCUUCUGCAGGAGUUCAACGAGUUAUUCGGUGGCACGAGCUGGGGGGAUUAUGCACCGUGGUUGGGUUGGAUUAAUCGUGUUAACGGCGUGGACGAGAAAGUGGAGAGAGUUUCGAAACAGUGUGACGAGUUUUUGGAAAACGUGAUUCGAGAACAUAAAGAUCAAGGGCCGAGAAAACAUGAAAAUGGCGGGUUGGAUUUUGUCGAUAUAUUGCUCGAGUUUCAGAGAGAGGACGUUAAAGUUAGCAGCUCUUCGGUUGAUAACGAUACAAUCAAGGCUCUCAUCUUGGACAUGUUUGCCGCAGGAACAGACACCACGGUCAUAGCUCUCGAGUGGGCAAUAGCGGAGCUCAUAAAGAAUCCAAGAACCAUGAAAGCCCUACAAAAUGAAGUGAAACGGGUCGCCGGAGGUAAGAAAGAGAUAGACGAGGAUGACAUAAAGAAAAUGCCGUAUCUAAAAGCCGCGUUAAAGGAGGCCCUAAGGCUACACCCACCCGGCCCGUUACUCAUCCCUCGCGAAUCCACUAAGGACACGAAAGUCAUGGGCUACGACAUAUCCUCCGGCACGCAAGUCUUGAUCAAUGCGUGGGCCAUCGCUAGGGACCCGACAUCGUGGGAAGAUCCCGAAGAAUUUCGUCCGGAGAGGUUCUUGGACUCGGGGCUCGACUUCAGAGGACAACAUUUCGAGUAUAUCCCGUUUGGCGCGGGUCGGAGGGGUUGUCCGGGGACUUCGUUCGCGGUGGCGGUUAACGAGCUAGGGCUAGCCAAGUUGGUGCACCAUUUCAACUUUGCACUGCCAAAUGGAGAAAAGGGGGAGGAUUUGGACAUGAGUGAUCGACGGGCUGGUCUCUCGGUCAAUGGUUCGACCGCUAAGUCAUCAAAUCAAUUGUUGAACCGGUACCCACUUGGACCGGUCCCCGCUCCAGAUCAACCGAGUCCCAAGUCGACCCAAUGGUUCAAUCUUACCUCUAAGAGCAGUACAGUCAGUCCUCAGAGGCUGCUCUGGCUAAGGAGGAAACUUAACCGGCCGCCAUCUCUGAGAGGACUUCCGGUCAUCGGAAACCUCCACCAGCUCGGCAGAAAGUCCGCUCACCGGUCACUACAGUCUUUGUCGAGAAAAUAUGGUAACGAGCUGAUGUUGCUUCAUCUCGGGCGAGUGCCAGUGCUUCUUGUCUCCUCGGCUAAAGGCGCGCGGGAGAUAAUGAAAUAUCAGGACGUUAUUUUCUCAAACAGGCCGAAGUUAAGCAUACCAAGAAGGCUAUUGUACGGUCCAAAUGACGUGGCUUUUGUGCCUUACGGGGAAUACUGGAGACAGGUUAGAAGCAUAUGUGUGCUCCAGCUGCUGAGCAACAAAAGGGUUCAAUCUUUUCGUCGUGUGCGUGAGCAAGAGGCCUCGUUCAUGGUCGACAAAAUCCGGCAAUUGGGAUCUUCAUCGUCAGCCGUGAACUUGAGCAACAUUCUGGUCACGCUCACGAACGAUGUCUUCUGCAGGGUGGCCUUAGGUAGAACAUACAAUAAACGUGAAGAUAACAAGUUCCAGAAGUUUCUAAAAGAGUUUGUGCAGUUAUUGGGCACGACCAGCUUGGGGGAUUAUAUACCGUGGUUGGGUUGGGUUAAUCGUGUCAGUGGCUUGGACACAAAAGUCGAGAGAGUUGCUAAGCUUAUCGACGACUUCCUGGAGAAUGUGAUUCAAGCACAUAGAGAUCAAGGGAGAAAACACGAUUAUGGAGACGGUGAACUAGAUUUCGUGGACAUAUUGCUCGAGUUUCAGAGACAGAAUAUAGAAAGUAGCUCGCCUGUUGGAGAUGAUACGAUUAAGGCUAUCAUCAUGGACAUGUUUGCUGCAGGGACCGACACAACAGUCUCAUCUAUGGAGUGGGCAAUAGCGGAGCUUAUAAAGAACCCAAGAACAAUGAAAACUCUACAAAACGAAGUGAAAAAAGUAGCGAAAGGUAAGAAGGAGAUAAACGAGGACGAUCUAGAGAAAAUGCUGUACCUAAAAGCAGUUAUCAAGGAGUCCCUUAGAUUGCACACGCCUGUCCCGUUACUCGUACCUCGUGAAUCCACUCACGACACGAAAGUCAUGGGCUACGACAUAUCUGCCGGCACACAGGUUGUGGUAAAUGCAUGGGCCAUUGCUAGGGACCCGGCUUAUUGGGAAGAUCCCGAAGAAUUUCGACCUGAGAGGUUCUUGAACUCGGAGGUUGACUUCAAAGGUCAACAUUUUGAGUUCAUCCCGUUUAGCGCCGGUCGAAGGGGUUGCCCCGGGACUGCAUUCGCUGUGGCUGUUAACGAGCUAGGGCUGGCCAAGUUGGUGUACCAUUUCAACUUUGUACUGCCAAAUGGAGAAAAGGAAGAGGAUUUGGACAUGAGUGAGGGAACAGGAAUAACAAUUCAUAAAAGGCAUCCUUUACUUCUGCUCCCUUAUACAAAUAAUUCUUAAGAGAAAAAAUAGGUAAAAUUUAUUUUUCAUCUUCACAUGUACUACCACCUCUUGGCGAGAUAAGAAACUGAUAUUUAUUAUUUCUUCUGAUAUAUUUUAUAUAUACCAUGUUUGUUGGACCACUCCAUACAUAACCUGGAAUAGAAAACAACUCAAAUAUACACAGUGCGUAAACAGAGAAGGUUGAUUGAACCAAGAUAGGGUGUAUGUGAAGCCAUUAAUUUGCGUAAUAUAUUAAAUAAUCAUUUGUGUAAAUUAAUUUCACGGCCCGAACAUCAGGUCUAUUUAGCUGGAAUCCAAAAUACACUAUUUUCUUACCCCAUGGGUUGUGUGCUUCAACCUCCAAAAUGGUGAUCAGGAGAACUAUGGCCUGGCCAGGCCUAAAAUUGCCAGCACAACGCAAAGCUAUCAUAGGAAAUUAGUCCCAACCGGAUAAGUGUGAAUACUAAGGAUAUCAUUUCCCAAGUCCUGUUGUUCUUCUAAAAUUUCCUUCAAAGAAAUCACAGCAGAAGGGCUCGAGUUAUCCAGCUCAAUCAUUUCGAGUGUCGACACAUCUCCAAUGCCGUGAGGGAUGGAGUCCAGUUUACGGCAGUUCUCGAUAAUAAGGUGUCUAAGCAAUGGGAAGUGAACACUAUCCGCCCUCCAGUGCACUAAAUCCAAUCCUUCAAGG